GCUGCAAAUAUUGUGCGCAAAAACCGCUCAGGAAGUGCUGAAAAACAUCACUUUUCUCUUCCAUCAGGUAAAGUAAGUGCUAAAGUCUAGGGAAGCAGUGAAAAAUGGGCGCCGAAGACAGGGACCGUAGAGACCGCCGGGAGCGCGAUAGGGAGCGCCGUAGGUCGCGCUCCAGAUCAGGGCAACGGGAGCGCCGUCGUGGCAGUCGAUCCCGGUCGCCUAAUAAGAAGACCAGGUCUCGCCGCCGGAAGCCGUCUCUGUACUGGGAUGUUCCGCCGCCGGGUUUUGAGCAUAUCACGCCGCUGCAGUACAAGGCGAUGCAGGCGGCUGGCCAGAUUCCCGCCAACAUAGUGGCGGACACUCCGCAGGCAGCAGUGCCUGUUGUUGGAUCCACGAUCACUCGACAAGCCAGAAGACUCUACGUGGGAAAUAUUCCGUUUGGCGUCACUGAGGAGGAGAUGAUGGAGUUCUUCAAUCAGCAAAUGCAUCUGUCCGGACUGGCCCAAGCCGCUGGCAAUCCCGUGCUGGCUUGCCAGAUAAAUUUAGACAAGAAUUUUGCUUUUCUUGAAUUUAGAUCCAUUGACGAGACAACUCAAGCCAUGGCAUUCGAUGGUAUCAAUUUCAAGGGGCAGAGUCUUAAGAUUCGUCGUCCACACGAUUAUCAGCCGAUGCCCGGAAUGACCGAUACUGCAGCUCUUAAUGUUCCAGGUGUCAUUAGCACUGUUGUGCCGGAUUCCCCGCACAAAAUAUUCAUCGGUGGCUUACCAAAUUACUUGAAUGAGGAUCAGGUAAAAGAGCUUCUUCUGUCUUUCGGGCAGCUCCGCGCAUUCAAUUUAGUCAAAGAUGCCGCCACAGGAUUGAGCAAGGGCUAUGCAUUUGCUGAGUAUGUCGAUUUCAGUAUCACUGAUCAGGCAAUCGCUGGACUAAAUGGUAUGCAACUGGGUGACAAGAAGUUGAUCGUCCAGCGUGCGAGCGUCGGAGCCAAGAACACCAAUGUGGGUCAAAUUGCUCCGGUGCAGAUUCAGGUGCCGGGCUUGUCUCUCGUGGGCGCUAGUGGUCCUCCCACUGAGGUGUUGUGCCUGCUGAACAUGGUGACGCCUGAGGAGUUGCGCGAUGAGGAGGAAUACGAGGACAUCCUGGAGGACAUCAAGGAGGAGUGCAACAAGUAUGGUGUUGUCCGCAGUGUUGAGAUUCCACGUCCAAUUGAAGGGGUUGACGUUCCGGGAUGUGGAAAGGUGUUUGUGGAGUUCAACUCUGUGGUCGAUUGCCAGAAGGCCCAACAGGCACUCACCGGAAGGAAGUUCAGUGAUCGUGUUGUGGUGACUUCGUACUUUGAUCCUGACAAAUACCAUCGCCGUGAAUUUUAAAUAUCUUUUCUCCCCCCGUGCAUAAUAAUUCUUUCAGUCCUUGCAUAUAAUUAGGAAUUGACCCUUGAAACAACAUAGAUACACAAAAGAGUAACUUUUACAUGAUACACAGACAUUCUUUUAGGUGAAAACACACUGUUAAAAAAUAUCUCUAUGGCAGCCAACAAUGGUGAAAUGUGGAGAGACUUUGAUGAUGAGAAAUUAUCUAUGGAAAUUUCUCUCAAUAGUAGAAAUGUUUCAAUUUUAAAUUAUACAACAAUUUUCAGAUAUAAUUGAGUAUACCACAAUAUAGCAAUUAAAUAUAUGAGAUGGUUAUAAUCAACAAGUAUAGAGGGGAAAAGAGAAAGAGAUUAUUACAGUCACGGGAAAAGUAUAUAUUCUUGCGCUUCUCCAGAAGAUCAUACCCGUUUUAUUGGCAUGAGUUUGACUGUAACAUUCGAGAGAUAAACAGAGAGAGAGAGAGAGAGAGAGAGAGAGAGCGGAGGUGAAAUAUAUACGCAAGAAACGUAUAAGUAAUUGGAUGAAUUUCUCACAUUAAUAGUCACAUAAUUCUUCACCGUGUCACGAGACAUUCGUAUGUUUCAGAGAGUCUAAGAAAAACCAGCAAAUUGCAAGGCCAUAGUAAUAAUAAUAAAAAUGGGGUCUUUACAUUCAUGGUAGAAGCCACGAGGAGUGAAGAAAACCAAUGCGCGAUUGAUUGUCUAUAAUUAGUGGGAAAUUGCAAUGAAAGUGUUAAUUUACAUUGCGAUCUUUCUCCAAUCUUGCGCGUGUGGUGAAAAAUGCAAGAGUGAUGAUGAUCUUCUUGAUCUCACUCUCUGGCCAUUCUCGGAUAUAACACUCCUUCACACACAAUUAAGUCUUGAAACUAUGCCUCCGUCGUGCACUUCUUUCAUCAAUCUCUCAGCAUUCGAUUGAAAUGUAAUUGAGUGAUCAAAGAGUUUUUUUUCCCUUCCUCCAUUGUGCUUAUGCUCAUUAAUCCAAUAAAAGGAAUAUUAAACACAA